GGUGUACAAGUAGAAAGGUUUGAGUGUAGCUACUACCGUUACCCACUGCAGUGGUUAUCGUGCCAAAGCUACGUCAUUGACUUGGCAUCUGAUCUCAGUGAGAAUUCAGAAAGAAAGCCCUUUCUUUUUUCUUUUACCUCUCUCUCUCUCUCUCUCCUUCUGCCAACCAACUUCUUCUCCUUUUUCUGCAAUGGGUUGUGCUGGAUCUUCACAAUCCAAGCCUGAUGGGGCUGUAAAAAAGAUCCGGAAACCUAAGCCUUGGAAGCAUCCUCAACCCAUAACAAAGACUCAGCUCACACAAUUACGUGAUGAGUUUUGGGACACAGCUCCUCACUACGGUGGCCGGAAAGAGAUUUGGGAUGCUCUUCGAGCCGCUGCCGAGGCUGAUCUAACUUUAGCACAAGCAAUUGUGGAUAGUGCCGGGGUCAUUGUCCAGAGUUCUGAUUUGACAGUAUGCUAUGAUGAAAGAGGAGCAAAGUAUGAGCUACCCAAGUACGUUUUGAGCGAGCCAACUAACCUGAUUCGGGACACUUAAUAACAGAGAAUAUAAAUAGAAAGAUUCAUGGGCGAGAAGAUUGUAAAUCAUGUAUAUGGUUAUCUCAUUGAAUUGGUAACUUGCAUAGGGUAGCAACUCUUUUUCCUUUCCACCAUCUUUGAAAUCUAUCUACCGCUAUGUUUCCUCCAUCAAUUAAACAAAAAAGUCUGUUCUGUAUCUGAUGACAGUAUCCCUCUUCUUUGGUAAAUACAAACUCCGUUAUGUAUUUUCAAUCGGCAAUUUCUCAACAUUGGUUUCAUAUUUGUGUUGAAAGAACA